UUAGAAUCGGAGAUGUCGCCUGACGGAGAACUGUUUCCGGUGGAUCCAUCGGCGGUUGUCACGGUGAAGAGGAAGACACCUCAGUCAUCGCGGAGCUGGAUUUCCAUAGACACGACGGGGCAGAAAACGGUGCUUGACGUAGACAAAUACGCGAUUAUGCACCGCGUCCAGAUCCACGCUCGCGAUCUCCGGAUCCUCGACCCAAACCUUUUUUACCCUUCUGCUAUCCUCGGUCGAGAGAGAGCCAUUGUUCUUAACUUAGAGCAUAUCAAGGCGAUUAUCACUGCCGAAGAGGUUUUGCUUAGGGCUUCACCUGAUGAAAAUGUUAUUCCCGUCCUGGAGGAGCUUCAGAGACGUUUGCCUGAUGGGAAUGAGGCACACAAUGGCCAUGGAGAGGCUGAAGCGGGUGAUGAAGAUGAAUCCCCGUUUGAGUUUCGGGCGCUAGAGGUGGUUUUGGAAGCUAUUUGCAGUUUCCUAGAUGCAAGGACAACGGAACUAGAGAAGUCUGCUUAUCCUGCUUUGGAUGAACUUACCUUGAAGAUAAGUAGCCUUAACUUGGAAAGGGUUCGUAAAUUGAAGAGUGCCAUUACCAGAUUGACAGCUAGGGUCCAAAAGGUAAGGGAUGAGCUCGAACAACUGUUGGAUGAUGACGAUGACAUGGCUGAUAUCUAUCUUUCAAGGAAGCUUGCUGGUGUAUCAUCAUCGAUUAGUGUUUCUGAUGAACCCCUUUGGUAUCCUACGUCCCCAACAAUAGGUUCUAAGAUUUCCCGAGCAAGUAGAGUGAGUUUAGCCACGGUUCGUGGGGACGAUGAAAAUGAUGUUGAAGAACUUGAAAUGUUGCUCGAGGCAUACUUCAUGCAAAUCGACAGCACUUUGAACAAAUUAACCGCGUUACGCGAGUAUAUUGAUGACACUGAGGAUUACAUUAACAUCCAGCUAGACAAUCACCGAAACCAGCUGAUUCAGUUAGAGCUUAUGUUAAGCUCUGGAACCGUCUGCAUAUCAAUGUACUCUAUGAUCGCCGGAAUAUUCGGCAUGAACAUUCCCUACACAUGGAACGACGAGCAUGGAUACAUUUUCAAAUGGGUGGUUAGCCUCACAGGAGCAUUUUGCGCAGUCUUGUUUGUGAUUAUACUGACUUACGCUCGGUUCAAAGGUCUUGUGGGAUCUUGA